AGGGUUUUGCCCCGGAAGCAGAUCCGCGUUGUGGAGUAACAGUUUGCGGUGUCAUUGUCAGCGGCAGGGUCACUCUGAUAAUACUGUGCGAUGGCUGCUUCGUUGAGAGGAGUGCUUUCUGCCGUGUCUAAGGGGUUCAUUGCUCCAUGGGCACAGAUCGGUUCCAGAGCUCUCGGGACCACACCCUGCCUCCAGCACCUGACAGGCAGCCAGGUGAGGCGGGAGAUGGGAGCUGAACACUGGGGUGACGCUGUGCGCGCGGACGUGCAGUUCAAGGUAACGAUGGUCCCUGGGGAUGGAGUGGGACCUGAGCUCAUGACUGCUGUCAAGGAGGUCUUCAAGGCAGCCGAUGUCCCCGUGGUUUUUGAGGAGUUCCACCUCAGUGAGGUUCAGAACAUGGCAUCAGAGGAGAAGCUGGAGCAGGUCCUCAACUCCAUGAGAAGCAACCGGGUAGCCAUCAAAGGAAAGAUCCACACCCCCAUGGAGUACAAGGGAGAGCUGGCGUCAUAUGAGAUGAAACUGAGGCGGAAGCUGGACCUGUUUGCCAAUGUGGUUCGUGUGAACAGUCUUCCUGGGUAUAAAACUCGGCACAACAACCUGGACCUGGUGAUCAUUCGGGAGCAGACGGAGGGAGAGUACAGCUCUCUGGAGCACGAGAGUGUGACAGGCGUGGUCGAGUGUCUCAAGAUCAUCACUCGAGUGAAGUCCCGGCGCAUCGCCAAGUUCGCCUUCGACUACGCCACAAAGAAUGGCCGGUCAAAGGUCACCGCCGUGCACAAGGCCAACAUCAUGAAGCUAGCGGACGGUCUGUUCCUGCAGAGCUGUCAGGAGGUGGGUGAACUGUACCCAAAAAUCAAGUUUGAGACCAUCAUCAUCGACAACUGCUGCAUGCAGCUGGUGCAGAACCCGUACCAGUUUGACGUGCUGGUGAUGCCCAACCUGUACGGGAACAUCAUUGACAACCUGGCGGCUGGGCUGGUGGGGGGCGCUGGGGUGGUGCCUGGAGAGAGCUACAGCGCGGAGUACGCUGUCUUCGAGACGGGCGCUCGGCACCCCUUCGCUCAGGCUGUGGGCCGGAACAUCGCCAACCCCACCGCCAUGCUGCUCAGCUCUGCAAACAUGCUGCACCACCUCAACCUGGAGUAUCACUCCAACCUGAUCUCUGAGGCAGUGAAGAGAGUGAUCAAACUGGGCAAGGUUCGGACCGGAGAUCUGGGGGGCUAUGCUUCCUGUGACGAGUUCACACGUGCUGUCAUCGGAAACCUGGGCUGCUGAGCAUGACCUCCUGCACCUUUCUACUGCAGCCCCCUCGCUACCAGAUUCUAUAUCAUUUACAAUUUCAAUAUCAGCUGAAGAAAAGAAGAAACAUUUGUUAUGUUGAGCUCACGAGGCAAAUGAUCUCAGGAACUCCAUUUCAAACUGUUGUGUUUGUCUUGUGAUCGCAACAUAACACUGUUUUAUUUCAUUCCCCUCCCCAUGUCCUCUAUAGGCCCCACUCUACUUUCAUGCUACCGAGUCUAUAUCCUGCAUUGGCACAUUGAUUCAUCCAAUUUCAUCCAAUUACAUGCUAGUUUUUUUGGCCAUUUCAAAGUAGCAGCAUUGGGGCAGCCUAAAGCUGUCCCACCACUCAGUACCAGCACGGAGCACUAAUGGCCCUCAAGUUUGAGGGACCUUAAAGAAAGUGGUAGUACAUUUCAACUGGGAAGAACCUGCAUUGAGAGAGGAGUUCUUAUUCCUUCAGACAGCACUCCUUUUAAUCAUCUGUAUGCUGCUGCUGCUCCACAGGGGUAGCAGUGCAACUCCUGUUGAAUUGCAGUUUGAGCCGUAACAGAUUUACUAUGAGCCUGAAACAGAGGAGUUCCCAAAUGAAUGCAGUAUCUCAUUUAGAACCUGAAACCUGGAGUGACUCGAUCUGCUAUGGAGUCAGUCUUGUUUCCUUAAGGCCAGUUACACUGGAGCCUGAUUUCUGCUAAAGGUCAACUUGAUACAAAAAAAAAUAUGUGUUGCUGCUUCUGGUCAACCAUCAAUGCAAGUGCUGAUAAUGGAUCAAUGUAUUUAUCUGUCAGAUGUCUUAUUUAUCUGUCAACCAAAUAAAGUCUUGACAUGUCUUAUUGUA